AUGCUCGGCCCGCCCGUCAACCUGCCCAAGUGGCUCUCCGAAAACUCGCACAUGCUCCAACCCCCCAUCAACAACUACUGCGUCUACAACGAAGACUUCACCGUCAUGAUCGUAGGCGGCCCCAACGCCCGCACAGACUACCACAUCAACCAAACCCCCGAAUGGUUCUACCAGUACCGCGGGGCCAUGACGCUCAAGGUCGUAGACGACGGCACCUUCAGGGACAUCGUCAUCCGCGAAGGCGACAUGUUCCUCCUGCCGCCCAACACGCCUCACAACCCCGUGCGCUUCGCCGACACGGUGGGCGUGGUGCUGGAGCAGCGCCGUCCGCCUGGGUCCAUCGACCGGAUGAGGUGGUACUGCGGAGUUUGCGACGGCGCCGUGGUGGUUCACGAGGCGGCGUUUCACUGCACCGACCUGGGCACGCAGAUCAAGUUGGCGGUGGAGGCCUUCAAGAACGACGAGGAGAAGAGACGGUGCGGGACGUGUGGUAAUUUGGCGGAUUGGGCUCCUAAACCGGGUUCUAUACCGGAUCCGAAUUUGUCAUGA